AUGAAUCAUGAUUUUUUUUUAUCGCCCGAAUAUCCUUUUGUACUCCGAUUUGCUCAUCAGCAUUUAUCUUUUAGAUUACCAGAAUUAUUCUCACUUUUAGAGCUAUUUGAAGUUAGUGAUCUUGUGAAAAUCCCGUCCGAUUUGUCUUUUUUGGAAUAUUGCCCGUUUCUUCCAAUCGGCGGGAUUCCGCUAGAUGUGCUGAAACAGAUAGUUUCUCGGUCUAUUCUUAUUCGGGAUUUAUACCAGAACUACUGUUAUUCUUCCUCUGUUGAUGAUCUUAUAGUUGAUGUUGAAAAAUCUUGCACGAUUCGCGAAAUGUUGGCCCCCCUAUCCACUUCUUCGUUCAAGUUUACAUUUGACACCUUUGGAUCUACAUUAUCAGCUGAACAGCAGAUGGCAAUUAUCAACAGGUUUUCAUUUUUACCCCUAAAAGGUCCCAUUAAGUUACAAGAUCCUGAUGAAACUUUUGUAGUUUUUGGAUGCCUUUCCUCGAAAACAUGGAACUUUGAUCCAGAGAUUUGGCUGUUUGGAAGACUAAUGGCUCAAAGUAGCAGAUAUUUGGUUGAUGUGUUCGAUCUAAAAAAGAGGUCGUAUAUAGGGAUCACAUCGAUGAACGCAGAAUUGUCUCUUAUCAUGUCCAAUAUGGCUUUGAUCAAAAAAGGAUCCUUUUUCUUUGACCCCUUUGUUGGGACAGGCUCUUUUCUUUUAACAGGAGCAUAUUUUGGAGGGCUAGCACUGGGGUGCGACAUUGAUGGCCGGCAAAUUCGAGGGAAAGGACACUCGGAUAUUAAAUCAAAUGCAAGGCAAUAUAACGUAUCUUCAAACAUAUUGGGAGCCUUCAUUUGCGACAUUACGAGAAAUCCACUUCGAUGCGAUUUGGAAAUUUUCGAUGCUAUCAUUACAGAUCCUCCAUAUGGAGUCCGUGCUGGGGCAAAGAAAAUCACACCCCUGAGUUCCUUAUUGGUUUCCAAAGUUGCUGAUUGUAUGAAACCCGUUUAUCCUAAAACCGCUCCAUAUCCUACGUCGCAAGUAUAUGCAGACUUGGUUGAUUUUUCUGCCGUGCGAUUGGUUGUGGGUGGAAGAGUUGUUUUUUGGAUUCCCUCGACAGACGAAGAUAGCAGUGGAGCCGAGUUGGAUGUCCCAGCUCACCCAUGCAUGAAGCUUGUGGCCAAGUCAGAGCAGAAGCUUAACACAUGGAGCAGAUGGCUCAUAACGAUGCAGAAAAUCGCAUCACCCUCUUCUCUCCCUAACCCCCCAGCUUGUGAGGUUGAACCACGCUUUUUCCGAACCGAAUAUUUCCGAUCGCCAAACUAA